CUGUGUUGGAGCCUGUUGCUGAACACCAAGUCUUUCAAGAUGGUCCUCUUCAGUAUCCUUAGGAUUCUUCUUCUUUGGAAACUUGUGCUUAUCAUAGAACACGGGGCUCAAAUGGCAAAGGCAGGGCAGCCCUCUAUUGCCCUCCUGACUGAGGCUCCUACCUUGCCCCUGAUCCGGGAGCUGCUAGAAGAAGCCCCUGGUAAACAACAGAAAAAGCCACAGCUCCUAGGGCAUCCACUGCGGUACAUGCUGGAGUUGUACCAGCGUUCAGCUGACUCACAUGGGCACCCUAGGGAGAACCGCACCAUUGGUGCCACCAUGGUGAGACUGGUGAGGCCCUUGACCAAUGCAGCAAAACCUCGCAGAGGCAUGUGGCAUAUACGAACCCUGGAUUUUCUUCUGAGACCAAAUCGCGUAGCAUACCAACUAGUCAAAGCCACUGUGGUUUACCGCCAUCAACUCCACCUGACUCUCUUCAACCUCUCCUGCCAUGUGGAGCCCUGGGUCCAGAAAAGCCCAACCAACCACUUUUUUUCCUUGGGAAUAGUUUCCUCGAAGCCUUCCCUGAUAUCUAAAGCUUGGACAGAAAUGGAUGUUACUCAGCAUGUUCAGCAAAGGCUCAAUAACAAGAGACACAGAAUCCUACGAUUCCGUUUCAUGUGUCAGCAGCAAAAAGGUAGUGAGGGUCUUGAGGCCCAGUGGCGCGGUACUUCAGCUUUGGACAUUGCCUUUUUGUUACUCUAUCUCAAUGACACUCAUAAAAGUGUCCAGAAGGCUAAAUUUCUUCCCAGAGGCCUGGAGGAGUUUAUGGAAAGGGAAUCACCUCUUCUUGAGCGGAGAACCCGACAAGCAGGCAGUAUCGCAUCUGAGGUUCCUGGCUCUUCCUGGAAACAUAAUGAGCCUGAAAAUAACCAGUGUUCCCUCCACCCUUUCCGAGUCAGCUUUCGCCAACUGGGCUGGGAUCACUGGAUCAUUGCUCCCCAUCUCUACAACCCGAACUACUGUAAGGGAGCUUGCCCUCGGGUGCUGCGCUAUGGUCUCAAUUCUCCCAAUCAUGCCAUCAUUCAGAACCUUGUCAAUGAGUUGGUGGACCAGAGUGUCCCUCAACCCUCCUGUGUCCCUUAUAAGUAUGUUCCUAUUAGUGUCCUUCUGAUUGAGGCAAAUGGGAGUAUUUUGUACAAGGAAUAUGAGGGUAUGAUUGCCCAGUCUUGCGCAUGCCGAUGACAGCUAAGGUACAGCUAGCUCAGGUUUCCCAAGA